CUCUUUCUCUUCAUUUGACCUAACGAGGAAACCAAAUACUGUAUUUGUGGUUGUGCCCGAACUCCGCCCCUUUCUAAUCAAAACCCUAACUUUGGAUUCUUUUUGGACACCCUUUAUUCAUUAACUUACUGGGUACUGUUAAAUUAUCUGAAGAAAGAAAUCGUUGACCACUUGUCAGAGAUGUCGGAGAAAUUCUCUGCGGCGCUUCGGAUUGGAGAUCUCAACGAUUUCAUAGCGCCGUCACAGGCAUGCAUAGUCUCCCUCAAGGGAUUAAAAAAGGCCGAUAAACCCGAGGUUUCAAUUGCUAACAAGCAAGUGAAGUCAGAACCUGUUAAAAUUUCGCUCAAGGAUUGUUUGGCAUGCAGUGGAUGUGUCACAUCAGCGGAGACAGUUAUGCUGGAGAAGCAAAGUUUGGAUGAGUUUCUGUCCAAUAUUAAUGCAGGAAAGACUGUGAUUGUGUCUCUUUCGCCCCAGUCAAGGGCUUCAAUUGCAGCUUAUUUUGGCAUUUCUCCACUUCAGGCUUUCAAAAAGCUCACAAGAUUUUUUAAAUCCUUGGGAGUGAAGGCAAUUUUUGAUACAAGUUGCAGCAGAGACUUGACCCUUGUAGAAUCUUGUGUGGAAUUCAUCACAAGGUAUCAACAGAAUCAAUUGGUUGAUGAUGAGAGGAGUAAAUCAACCCUACCUAUGAUUGCAUCAGCAUGCCCAGGUUGGAUAUGCUAUGCAGAAAAGCAACUUGGAUCCUUUGUUCUACCUUACAUUUCAACAGUAAAGAGUCCCCAGCAAGCAAUUGGAGCCAUCAUAAAGAACUAUGUAUGCCAAGAUAUGGGACUCAGGCCAGAAGAAGUUUACCAUGUCACCGUGAUGCCUUGUUAUGACAAAAAGCUUGAGGCUGCUAGGGAUGACUUUGUUUUCGAAUUGGAAGGGCAUGAGAGUGAAGUUAAUAUGAUUUCGGAGGUAGAUUCAGUGUUGACAACUGGAGAGGUUUUGGAAUUGAUUCAGUCAAAAGAAGUUGAUUUUAAAAGCUUAGAAGAGCCUCCUCUGGACAAACUGCUAACAAAUAUUAAUGAAGAAGGAUACCUCUAUGGGGUCCACGGAAGCUCUGGAGGUUAUGCAGAAACAAUAUUCCGAUAUGCUGCUAAAACACUUUUUGGAAGACAGAUUGAUGACCCUUUGAACUUUAAAAACAUUAAGAAUUCAGAUUUUCAGGAAGUUACACUUGAGGUGGAGGGAAAAACUGUGUUGAAAUUUGCUCUCUGUUAUGGUUUCCGGAACCUACAAAAUGUUGUACGAAAACUUAAAACUGGGAAAUGUGAUUAUCAUUUCCUUGAAAUCAUGGCAUGCCCUUCAGGUUGCUUAAAUGGGGGAGGUCAAAUUAAACCAAAUCCAGGGCAAUCUCCUAGAGAACUGAGUCAGUUAGUGGAAUCGGUUUACAUGGAAAAUGUUUGGGUAGCAGCACCAUUCGAUAAUCCCAUUAUUAAAGGCUUAUAUGACAAGUGGCUUGGGCAGCCUGGUUCUGAUAAAGCCAGGAGAUACAUGCACACUCAAUAUCAUCCUAUUGAGAAAAGCAUUACUUCUCAAUUGCAUAAUUGGUGAGGUCUUGAAACUGAACUUUUCAAAUUGUUUCUUCUCAAGGUAAUUUUGUGGUAUCAGGCGGAAGAGUACUUUAAUCCCCGUGCUCUGACUCCUUGUGGAUAUGUUGGCAAAUGUGGAGUAAUCCAAUUUUGGUAGUAAAUAGAUUUUUUUUAUGUAUAUAUACCCUUGAUCAGCAUCCAUUUAGAUAGAAGAAAGAAUCAAGCAAACAUUUGUAGUUGACCAUCUGGACCUUGGCUUAGUUGUUCCUGCGGGUCCUCUAUUAUUUCUAGGAUAUAGAUUCUCAAUAAAAUAUUCCUUCAUUAAUAUGUGUUGGUGUGAGUGAUCAAGUGAUAGGAUGAUAGUAACAGUGCCGCUCGUUGGAGCACAAAUUGUACGCUUUACAUUUAAUAACUCUUAAAUUCAAAUGAA